UUUAUCAAAAGUUCCAAGGGCUUGGGGGAAGUCCUAAGUGCUUGGGGCUCUCCUAAGCUCUUGAGACUACUUCCAACUGUGAGAAAAUCCUUGUGGUUUAUCCCAACGUCUUGUGGUAAGUCCCAAGUCGCACUCCGCUUGGGAGAACGAAAAUGGUGUCCCAAGGAGUUGGAAGCAGUCACAAGGCAGUCAAGAUGGCCGAGCAACAUCAACACAGGCUUCGUCAGCGCAGGAAUUUCCAGCCAAGGAGAGACAUAUUCGACCAGUACGACAAUGCUGAAUUCAAGAGAAGGUUCAGGGUUGAUCGUGCUGGCAUUGUGUUUGUGACAGACUUAGUGCGACCUGCAAUUGCUAAUUUAACAAAACGAAGUUGUGCUGUGAGUGCGGAGAUGAAGGUGGCACUGCUUCUUCAGUAUUUGGCGACGGGAAAAAUGCAGCAGUGCAACGCUGAUGACUUUGGACUUUCACAGCCCACCAUCAGCAGAGUGAUCAGUGACACCUUGGAUGCCCUUGUACACCCUGACAUCAUCUUGAGGUUCAUUCACUUCCCAGUGAAUCUACAGGAAGUGGAGGGGAUCAAGGGUGAAUUCGCUGCAAUUGGUGAGUUGCCCAAUGUGGUGGGUGUCAUUGAUGGCACUCGCAUACGAAUCACGGCACCCCACGAAUAUGAAGAAGUGUAUGUGAAUCGGAAGAAUUUUCACAGCAUCAAUGUCCAAGUGCUGUUUGAUUCACGCUACAAGUUGAGGAACAUGGUUGCAAAGUGGCCAGGGUCAACUAACGAUGCAAGAAUCCUGCGAGAAAGUGGGCUGUGGCAGUACUGUGAGAAUGGCAGGAUACCCCCAGUCUUAUAUCCUAGGAGACAGUGGGUAUCCUUCCAGGCCCUGGCUGCUGACCCCAUUCCUCAGGCCACAGGACGAACACCAAGCAGCUUUCAAUAGGGCACAUAAGGCAACAAGAUCCUUAGUGGAGCGAGGGAUUGCUCAGUUGAAACGCCGCUUUUAUGUGCUCCACAGUGAAACAAGGCUGCACCCUGUAAAAACUUGCAAGGUGAUAAUGGCCCGAAACAUUGAAGUAUAUGAGGUGGAAGAAGAAGAUAUUGAAGGUGGUGGUGAUGGUCAUGAUGAAGCUCAACACGGGGAUGGUCGUGCAGUUGUGGCAGAUGGAGCUGCCGUUCAACCCGGGGAUGGUUGUGCAACUGUGGCAGAUGGAGCUGCCGUUCAACCCGGGGUGGGUCGUGCUACUGUGGGGGAUGGAGCUGCCGUUCAACCCGGGGUUGGUCGUCCUGCUGUGGGGGAUGGAGCUGCCGUUCAACCCGGGGUUGGUCGUCCUGCU